AUGCAUUUUUUAGGGCUUUCGAGUAUGCCACAUCGCAUUCCAGAUUAUCCAGAUGCUUACGCCGGAUGGAAUGCUCUGAGCAGUUUCGGUUCUUAUAUAUCCGUAGUUGGGAUUCGUCGUUUCUUCGUAGUUGUCGCAAUCACUUCAAGCGGUGGAAAGAACCAAAAAUGUGCAGAAUGUCCUUGGUCUGUUGAACAGAAUCCAACCAUACUUGAAUGGUUGGUACAAAGCCCUUCGGCCUUUCAUACUUUUGGAGAACUUCCUGCUGUAAAAGAGACAAAAAGCUAA